AUGUCAUUGUACUAUAAAAAAAAACAGCCAACGGCACGGCACACCGAAUUGGCUGUGUAUUUUGUCGUUAUUAUUUUUAAGAUCCUUGUUAAAUAAAAGUAUAUUCAUACAUAAUGGUUCUUUACAAGACUUCAAAUGUAUUAGCGUUAUCAAUAAUGUGGAUUCUUCUCAUAAUUCAAGUAACAGAAGGUUCUAAAGCAGAGUUUGUUACGUGCGGCACCAUCCUAAAAAUAAUGAAUGUGGAUUUGCGUCUAAGGCUGCACUCGCAUGACGUAAAGUACGGCUCGGGUUCCGGCCAGCAAUCCGUCACCGCGGUCGACGCCUCGGACGACUACAACAGUCAUUGGCUGGUGCGCGGUCCCAUGGGCGAAACAUGUAAAAGAGGAGAGCCUAUAAAGUGCAACUCUAACAUACGCCUCCAUCAUGUAUCUACUAAGAAGAACCUCCACUCACACUAUUUCUCAUCUCCAUUGUCUGGCAACCAAGAGGUGUCUUGCUAUGGUGACGAUGGUGGUGAAGGAGACAGUGGCGAUCAUUGGACUGUGGUCUGCAACAAUGACUACUGGAGAAGAGAUUCGCCAAUUAAGUUGAGACAUGUUGAUACUGCUGCGUUUUUGGCUGGUUCAGGACGCACAUUUGGUCGGCCUAUCAGUGGACAGGGUGAGAUAGUAGGUGUCACUUCACAGUAUGGGGCAUAUACUGACUGGCAGGCUAAAGAAGGCUUGUUCGUUCAUCCCAGUGACCUGCUACCCAUGCAGCAUGCAAUCCAUACAGAAUUAUAAUGACAAUAUUUUUAUCAAAUGGUCUAACAGUCAAUAUUAUGUAACCCUCUUCUAAUUUUUAAAUCAUAAAUAAGAUCAUCCUAAAUUGAAAAUAAAAUUUAAAUUUAUUAUUAUUGCUUAGCUUAGCUAGCGAUAAAGAGAUAUCUGCUGCAAUGGGCCAGUUCCAUACUAGUUGCCCAAUUGUCCAUUUCUUCUAAAUGAAUUGCCCGGCAUAUAUGACACAAACCAGCAACUUAAUUGUACAUUUGAUGUUUAUGUGUAAACAUUACUUAACUUAAUGAAAUAUUGUAAGAUCCUCAAUAGUUCGUGCAACAUGAAAAUAUCAAAAUAGGUAUCAAAGUAGGUAGGUACAUAAUUACCUAUGACAUAAUUUUGGCUCAGUACUAUAGAGAUAAUUCCAAUUAAGUGGAAUAAACUUGAUUGAACCUGUAAAUUAUAAAAGAAUUUGGUUGUACUAGUUUGUCUUACCGGCCGUGUAACCAGGAUGAAAUAAAUGUCUGUCACAAGAAUAGAGUUCCUAUUUCUUCUAAUUUCAAGCUCAUUCCAAAAUAAUCGGUAGCAUAAGGUUUAUGGCGCUUAGCACAGUGAAUACAAUUCAUCGCACGUAGUUCCGUAGUGCGAGAGGGAUGUUAUUUAUAACACGUGCAUAGUUUUAUAUCUCCUCUGAAACUUGGAGCGAGUUGCGAAUAGUAUCCAGUGUGCUAAGCGAGUCUUACCUGCACAAGCUAAAAAAUGUAUGAUACGACGUUUUCGGAAUAAAAGGUUCCGUAGGUAGAGUGAAUCUUUGUUUCUAAGACUAAAUAUGACCUAGCAGUUAAAAUGCGACAUUUUUAAAAGUAAUUGUACAAUCUACCAUAUUAACUUUUACCGUAAGGUAGAACAUUUGAUCGUAACUUUACAAGAAUAACCUGGUCAAGCGCCUUUAUGCUUAAGCGACAAUGGGGUACAUUUUUCUUGAAAAUGCCACAAAGUAUACUUAUACUAUACCUAUCAAUAUAAAGUUGAACAUUCUUAAAAAUACUCCACUUCUUCAAUCCAUCUCAGGGUCUUAACGACUAAUACUGCCAAAGGAAAUCUUUCAUACAGACAACGCCGUAUUUCACAAAGUACAGGUAGGACUAAUACUUAUUUCUAAGUUACUUAUGGUUAAUUAAAUGCUGUGUUUUCGUUUUUAAUUUUAUAAAGACGUUUUGCUACGAAACUUAUUCCGGAAGUGAUGAAAUUGUAAAGGAAAUAAAACGAUGGUAUGUAGUGAA